UUCUUAAUAUGUUGUUGUGCCUCUAAUCACCCACGAGGUUGGAUUAUGUUAUUAUCUUAGAGUUUAAUCGUUCGUGAUCGUGAUUUUCACCCAAUUAAUCGAGCUACUGAAAAUGCCAACGCUCUGGCCAAUGAGGAAAAUAGGUUGGGUAAUCGAUUUGAUGUUUCUCUUUAUUCAAUCUCUUAGUUCUUGUCGCCUCUUCUCAAAGAUAAUUCAACAUCAAACAAUUAAAUAUGAUACUGUUCCUUUAUCUCCACUAUCAAAGCAUCGUUUAAGUUUAGUUAAAAGAAAAAUAUUAGUCCUCGAUUUGGAUGAGACAUUAAUACAUUCAACACAUGAUGGAGUGAUAAGACAAAUGGUUACUCCCGGUACACCGGCUGAUUUUGUGAUCAAGGUCACAAUUGACCGGCAUCCAGUUCGUUUUUUUGUUCAUAAAAGACCUCAUGUUGAUUAUUUUUUAAAACUAGUAAGUGAUUGGUAUGAGUUGGUCGUAUUUACCGCAAGCAUGGAGAUUUAUGGUGCUGCUGUGGCAGACAAAUUAGAUAAUAAUCGAAACAUUCUUAAAAGAAGAUACUUCAGGCAACAUUGUACUUUGGAGUGUGGUAGUUAUACUAAGGACUUAUCGGCCAUAAGCCCUGAUCUCUCUAGUAUUUUCAUAUUGGAUAACUCGCCUGGAGCUUAUAAAGCUUUUCCAAAUAAUGCAAUACCAAUUAGCUCCUGGUUUUCCGAUCCAAGGGACACCGCGUUGCUGAAUCUUCUGCCCGUUUUAGAUGCUUUAAGAUUCACGAGUGAUGUUAGAUCGGUUCUGAGUCGUAACCUACAUUUGCAUAAUAUGUAUUAACCCUGGUCGUUAAAACAUCUCUUAAUUUAUCAAGAAAUACGCGAAAUGAAAACCAUCCAAAUUAUAAUAAUAAAGAGAUGAUCCUCAUGCUCACCAUCAUCUUUAUCGUCUUCGGCUUCACCAUCAUAAAUAUUAUGUCAAAACAAACAAAGUUUUCUUUUUCUCCAGAGGAUAAAACAACAAAAGUAUUUCUCUCUUUUUUUCCAUGGAUACUACGAAAAGACGGAAAGAGAUUUGAAGAUGUAUUUUUUUCGCCUUCGAACAUCGAAAAACACACUUCUCCCUCCACCUUCAACAGUAAAACCCACCAUCUUCAUUUUGUUUUUCUUCUCCAGUGAAACACAUCAACCGAUCAACGUAGAGAAAAUUAUCAAUCAUCUCUGUUGAUUGUCCUUUUUAUCAUCUCCCAAUUUCAUUCUCAUUCUCAUUCACUUUCAUUUUGUUUCUUUCCUUUCAAUAAUUACCUACAAUUUGUUUGAUAUUAAUGGUCGAUUUGUCGAUAUAAUUGUUCUUGGUAAUUUAAUUCUCCUCUUUUCACACAAUUUUCCAUCCAAACAUCUCUCUCUCUCUUUUUGGUCAGUACAAAUAACGUGAAUAAUUGAUUCUGAUGAUGAUGAUUGUUGAUUGUUAUAUGUUGGUAAUGAUGAAAGAAAACCCCUAAUCAGCACUUGGAACUGUUGAACAACUUAUAUUUACAAACAAAAACACAACAAGGGCUCAAAAUCAUGUAAAUAAUUGUGAAUAUCAACUUUAAUCACUUCUCUUCUUAUCUUCUUUCUCCAUCCAACAAAACAACUAAAAUGGAGUAACUCAAUUGUCUCAUAGAAAACAAAAAAUAAUUAAUUAAUUACCUGUAAAUAAGCCACUAAUUCAUAUGAAGAAAAAAAAAGUGAAAAACAAAUUAAUAAAAAAAAAUCUCAAACAUAUCAAAA